GGGGACUACUUCCGGGGGAGCGGCGCGGCGGCCCUGGAGAAACUGGCAGUGGAGAGGUGAAUGAGGAGAUCUCAGGAGCUGGUGGAUUGAUUGGGCCAUGGCCUCUGACCUGGACUUCUCACCUCCAGAGGUGCCUGAGCCCACUUUCCUGGAGAACUUGCUUCGCUAUGGACUCUUCCUUGGGGCCAUCUUCCAGCUCAUCUGUGUGUUGGCCAUCAUCGUGCCUGUCCCCAAGUCCUACGAGGUGGAGGCAGAACCAUCUGAGCCCAGAAGUGCAGAGGUGACAAGGAAGCCCAAGACUACUGUUCCAUCUGUCAACAAGAGGCCGAAGAAGGAGCCAAAGAAGAAGCGGUAGAAGUGGAGAGCUGAGGGCCAGGCAGCGGGCUGAGGGCCCUGGGGCAGCCCUCCAGGGAGCCAGGCUCCUGUUUCUGUUCUCAUCCCAGUUCGGGGGAUAGUCAUGACAGUCCCCAGGCUCUGGCUGGGCAGGCCACCACUUCCUCUUCCCUCUGCUCCCAUGGUGCUUUAGGGUCCAGGGGACUGAAAGGCUCUGUGAGCCAGCACAAGUCCUGUCAGCUCACAGUCACAUUUUGCUCCUUAAUCCCAGCAUCUAGUUGUUAGUCACCCAUUUAGUGGAUUCACACCCCAAGUAAUGCUGACAAGUGCAUCCUCUCCCAGUGCCUGUGCAGUGCACAUCUCCUGCUCAUUGUCACCUUCAUCUCUGUGGUGCAAGGAGCCAGCUUUCACCUGUGUUUAGCUCAGGCUGCUAUGCCAGGGUUAGGGAUCCCACACACUGCAGCAGUCAGAUUCCAAAGGUGACCCGGGGGAGAGCUCAUGGGAGACCUGGGCUCCAGCACAUGGCAGAGACUCUUGAACACAACUUCUGGAGCCUCUGAAAUAUCAGGCUGGGCACUUGCAAACCGACCUCUUCUCAAUCCACCAUAACACACUCAAGGUGUGCCUUUAACCUGGAUCUGUACACUCCCCUCCUGGUUCUUUCAUUCCCUGACAAGUGCAGAGAGCUAUCUGGAGGAAAGAAAGGUAAUAAACUAUCAAUCAUCCUGAA